UGUAAUGGGGAGAUGUAGGAACUGUGAAUAAAAUUAAAACACAUAGGACAAGAGAUUGGUUACGUGAACAGAGUGCCAUUUCCUGUUUAGGAAACAGUGUUGUGGUGUUAAAAAAUGCUGGGGCACAGUCAUUUCCUUAACCUCUCCAGUGCCUCAGUUUUCUCAUGUCUAAAAUGGGGCCAUUUAGAUCAAUCAUCAUUAACUAUGACAGCUAAUUAAUACAGGAAAAGUGAAACGUGCACAAAGAAAUGCUCAAUAAAUGUUAGUUAUGUCACUGAGUCUUAUUACGGUAUUACCCGGGGCAAUUCAAGGUGCCAGAUAGCAGCCCCAUAUUUUUUUAACAGUCCCAGCAAUGUGAAAAUGAAAAUAAGUGCCUAAAAGAUAAUAAUUGCCCCCCAUUGGAAGAACUUAAGAAGUCAUCAACGACGACUGCUCAGUCAUUGGAGAGGAGAUUCCUUCCCCAAGGCGGAAGUAGAUUUGUCCUGUUAAACCCUUGUGUUUCCUGUGAAGGAAGGGGAGUCCAGGCCCUUUAGAGACAAGGGCAGCUGGUCCUCGAUGCAAUGAAUGCAGCACACCACCAGGGAGCAGCAGAGUCCAACCCCAGGCGGUUUCAUCUACAGGAGCAAUUAAUUUGUAGGCGUCCUCAGCGAAUAGCGCCCCGCUGCAAUUACUGGAGUUGUUGAUUAGCCGACCUAUCAGCGAGUGUCCAGCUCUAGCUGGGCGGACGGCGGGGAAUGCUCCGCGUCUCUACGAGCCCAGUGCGCGUUCUGACCCCUCCCCGGCAGCUCCUCCAACCCCAGGCGGAGAGGAGGGCCACGUGGCUCGGCUGCCGCAAGUGCUUGGCCGGGACUGGGUUCGCCCGAGGGUGAACAGGUCGCAGGGCGGAGUAGGAAGGGCCGGCCUCGGCCUGGGUGUCUCACCCGCAAUGGGCGUGCAGCCCCCCAACUUCUCCUGGGUGCUCCCGGGCCGGCUGGCCGGGUUGGCGCUGCCCCGGAUGCCCGCCCAUUACCAGUUCUUGCUGGACUUGGGCGUGCGGCACCUGGUGUCCCUGACGGAGCGAGGGCCCCCUCACAGCGACAGCUGUCCGGGCCUCACCCUGCACCGACUGCGCAUCCCAGACUUUUGCCCGCCGGCCCCUGACCAGAUCGAUCAAUUCGUGAAGAUCGUGGACGAGGCCAACGCCCGGGGAGAGGCGGUGGGCGUGCACUGUGCCCUGGGCUUCGGCCGCACUGGCACCAUGCUGGCCUGCUACCUGGUGAAGGAGCAGGGUUUGGCUGCAGGAGAUGCCAUCGCUGAGAUUCGGCGCCUGCGACCAGGAUCCAUCGAGACCUACGAGCAGGAGAAAGCCGUCUUCCAGUUCUACCAGAGAACGAAAUAAGGGGCUCAGCAGCCUUCUGCCAGGCACCGACCCUCCUGUUCUACAUGGACAAUGUGGCCAGAGAGGAAGUGAACUAAAGUAAUAAACCCUUACGCUCCCUUUGGCUCCUAUUGGACUUCUGUAGCCUUUCCCCACAGGCAUAACCUGGUUUACAGGAUGGCUGAGACCCCAUGAAAAUGCAUAAAUAAUAAGAACCAACUUAUGCUGCAUAGAAUUUUACAAAGCACUCCCAGUACACCAACAUGUGAGUUUCAUCAACCCUGUGAUGUAGAAAAGACAAAGACCAUCUUUAUUGUUCAGAUGAGGCAGCUAAGGCUCAGGCCCAGAAAGGUCCAAGGUCAUCAUUCUAGAAAAUGGAAAGAUGGGCCAGGACUGCAACACAUAUCUUUGUCUUCUUGAAGAUGCUGAAAAUCUCCGAUGCCUGACCAUAAUUGAUAUGGUUUCUGGAGAACUAGUGAUAAUGAUGCAAGUUCCCAGCCACAGCCUCCAAGCAGCCUCAGGGCUUUGACACUCCCAGGCCAGGAGGACCCCUGUUGAUACCAUCACAUAUUCUAGGUCCAUCUGCCCCACAUGGGUCACCUUUGCUCGUCUCAGGGCAGAGAAGGCCUGAAUGUUAUGUUCAUGGAUGAUCUCUAUCUCCCUGAGGUUGGGCUCCUCCUAUCAGCCUCACAUGAUCCUCAGCUUAUCUGGUACCUCCAGCCCACCAUGCCAUUCCCAGCCUCAGACCAAGGAAUGCUGGAACUGAGUCUGGGUGGUUAUGCAGAGAGGAUAUUAAUAUCAAAUAAAGAACUCUGGGGUACGAA